CCCUAGCCGUCCGUUAUUCGCUUCCCAGCCGCAACCUGCUGAAAAAACCCCCAAUUUCUGCUCAAAACCCAAUCUUUCCCUUUCAUUUUCACUGAAUCCAGUGCACUGCAGCUGAAUCUUGAGUUUUGUUUUUCUAAUUUAUCUCGAAUUUGUUUAUACUCGGAGUAUGAACGGGUUUUCUUUUUGAAGUUUAGUUGGAGGUUGGGGGCCUCUGGCUGUCGGUGCGGUAAUGGGAGCGGCGGAUGUGGCUUUUCCCGGCGGAAGGGGUUCUAUUUGUCUGUUGAUUUGAGCUUAUGGGAUCGGAGAGUUUAGCCGGAGGUGUUCGGACUAGGGCUUCUGCGGAGGAAGGGGAGGUUCGAAAAUUGGGAGCUGUUUCUGCCGGAAUUAAGCGGCCCUUUGACAAGUGGACCUCCGCAGUCAGCAGUAAAGAUGAUUACUCUUCAGUACCUUCGUGGAGCAAUGUUACAGGAAAUGAAAUUUAUAGGAAUGAUGAUCAACAAUCACGCAUAUGGGACAAGGGAACUUCAGAAGGUCACACUUCUGGCUGCACAAAUACUAAUCUUGCAAAGAUAGCAAAGGUAGAUGCUGAGUUACAGCUUACACCUAGGAAAGUUGGAAGGAACACUGCUGGUAGUUCUAAAGGGUUGAAGAUGCUAGAGGUUAAUGGUUCCGUACCCAAAACUGGUGAAGUUGGUGCAAUAGCUAUAGAGCUCUUAUCAAAUCUUUCAAACGGAAACAAUGGAGAGAAAUCUCAAAUGCCUAAGCUAAGGAACAACUCAAGUGGCAAGAGAGGGGACAAAAGAAAUGGAAAAAUUUCCAAGGGCAAUUUCUCCCUAAAGAAUGGCUUGCUUAGCUUCUCUUCAGCUGCGGGUGGACACAACUUUCUUGGCAAUUUAGGAAAUUAUGGUUUGAAAUCUGAUGCUUUGGACGUGGCUGAAAAAUUGGAGGAAAUGUCUAUGGAGGAGCUUCUAGAAGGCAAGUUUAAGAGUCAUCACUUCACUAUGGCCAAGGAAAAGAAUGCCCAAAGCUCAGGAGAAAGUCUUCUUCAUGUGAUUAGAAGUGCUUGCUCCUUACUUCAGAGGCCCGAACGUGUCAAGAGUUUCACAGAUGAUGAUAAGAUCGCUGAGCCCAUGCAUAUUGUCUCUUCUUCAGCAUUCGAAGCUGAUGUUACUUCCAUUGUAUCUUCAAACGAUAAGGAAGCUCUUGGUAAGACUAAAACAGUUGAAAGAAGUGCUGAUCUUCCACUACGCAAACCCAUGGAUAUUUUGAAUCUUUUUGCACUUCCUCCAUCAAGGGAUUUGGACGCUUUGCUUCUGGAUGCAACCAAAUCCGCAACUUCCCGAAAUGCCCCUGAUCCACGUUCAGGCAAGGCACCAGCUUCUGAGCGAACUGGCUUGCCACCUUUUCCUUGGUCACAUGGGUAUUCAGGGAAUCACAAAUCUGGGCCUGAUGCAACAAAACCAUCAACAAGUAGGACCACUUGCCAAGGCAAAUGGGUAAGGGUGAAAAACAUCUCUACUCCUCAAGAAGGGUACCCUAAUUUUGCAGUAGAUUUGGAACCUCUAACUUAUGAUCACAGUCUAGUUCCAUCGGGAACUCAACCAUCUGUGCUACCUGAAAGUGGGAAUCAGAUCAAAUAUUCUUCCGGAGCUCAAUAUGGUGAACCCGCCCGAAGCCAAAGUCAGAGUCAAGUUCCUUCAGAAGGUCAACCAACUGGUCUUUCAGAUAAAGGUCUUGCUUCAGAUAAUGGAAUUCUUUCAUCAGGAGGUCAACCAACUUGCUCUACUUCCCACGUUUCUUCAGACGAACCAUCUCCAAGGUGCUUAACUGCUGCACGGACACUAUGUGAAAUUGCAACACGAUCUGGGAAGGGCAGAACAAAUGAAACAGUGAAGUGUGUGAAGAAACCUACUCAAAUGUCAGCGAGAGCUCCAAAGUUGAAGUUGAAUGAGAGGCCAGAAAAACCAUUUGUAGCAGCAAAGAGUACGGAUAUGGCCAGAGUUUGUGAUGGGAUGCUUCCCCCCCAAAAGCCCAAACUAAUGUUGGGCGCGGAGCGAAACGAAAAACCUGUUCCAAAAAACUUUGACAGGAAACAUUGGUCAGCUCCACGAUCAGUUAGACCACCCCCCAGCAAAUAUUAUAAAGGCACAACAAGUGCAGAAAAAGAAAGUCAGGAUAGCCGCUUUGUAGAUACACUAUAUAUGAUGGAGAAGGGUUUUAGCAGUCGGCAAAAGCCAUUCAAGUAGCAAAAUUGAGGACUGAAGUUCUUCAACACACAAAGGGGAGUAUAUCAAGAUUCAUUCACCUUUUAACUGUUAGAUCUCACUUAAACAUGUAGG